CCGCCAUGCCGCAUGCCAUAUCAGGCUUCCAGGCCGCCUACAUCACCAUAGAAGUGCUGAUCGCCCUGGUGUCCAUCCCAGGGAACAUCCUGGUCAUCUGGGCUGUCAAAGUCAACCAGGCCCUGCGCGACGCCACCUUCUACUUCAUCGUCUCGCUGGCCGUCGCAGACGUGGCUGUGGGGGCCCUCGUGAUCCCGCUCGCCAUCAUCAUCAACAUUGGACCCCGCAUACAUUUCUACAGCUGCCUGAUGGUGGCCUGCCCUGUGCUCAUCCUCACCGAGAGCUCCGUCUUGGCACUGCUGGCCAUUGCCGUGGAUCGGUACCUCCGGGUGAAGAUUCCCACACGCUACAAGAGUGUGGUGACUCCCAAGCGUGCUGGAGUGGCCAUUGCUUGCUGCUGGUUCGUCUCUUUCCUGGUGGGACUGACCCCUAUGUUUGGCUGGAACAACCUGCAGAAGAUCCAGGAGAAGAACGGCAGUCAGUCAGAGUACACAAUCAGCUGCCAGUUUGAGAAUGUGAUCAGCAUGGAGUACAUGGUCUAUUUCAACUUCUUUGUGUGGGUCUUACCUCCACUGCUUCUCAUGUUUGUCAUCUACCUGGAAGUCUUCAAGAUCAUCCGAAAGCAGCUGAACAAAAAGGUGGGAUCCAGCUCAACAUACCCAGAGAGGUAUUACGGGAAGGAGCUACAAAUUGCCAAGUCGCUCGCCCUGGUUCUCUUCCUCUUUGCUGUGAGCUGGCUGCCUCUGCACGCCCGCAACUGUGUCAGCUUUUUCUGCCCCUCGUGCCAGACUCCCAGUACUUUCACCUAUAUUGCUAUAUUUCUGACUCAUGGGAACUCAGCUAUGAAUCCCAUCGUUUAUGCAUUUAGGAUUAAAAAAUUCAGGACCACAUUCCUGCAGAUCUGGAAUCAGUAUUUUUACUGCAAAGCAGACAAGAACGUGAACAACAUAAAUAACACUGAUAUUGCCAUCUAG